CUUAACAUUCGGUGAACGUGCUGAGUGGUCGUGGACUUUUAUUCCUAUGGCUCUGGUGAUCAGCAUUUUGCCUUAGAUUGCAGUACACGACCCGGAAGGACACUUAGUCUACGAACUGUGCCGUGCUCCUUGAAGAUGAAGGUCGACGUGUUGGCUCUGCUGCUUUUUAACCUGCUGGCGAGUGGUUUGCCGAGUAUUGCUGCUCAAAACUUAAAUUCACCUGUACAGCCUGCAAAGACCGGCAUCGAGAGGCUGGAGGAGAAAAUCGACCGGCUCGGCAACGAGCUGGCUAAGAUCGGACUGAACAUAGACAGGCUCCUGGAGAAAUCCUACGACCCGGAGUACGCGCCCAAACCAAUCUGGCCUCCCCUGAAGCUGGAGAGGGCGAGCCGCGAGUCCCUGGAUAAGGGCGGGAGUAAAUUCACGGUCUGGUUCUCCACCACCAACCCGAUGGUAGCGGCCACACCGCACUGGAAGCUCAAGCCUGUAGGGAAGACAGCGGCAGAUACGCUUCCUUCAACGCUUAAUAGGUUCAAUAAGAUUGACGAGUCCACGGACUUUGUGACCACUGUUGAGGUGAAGGAGGCUGGACAGCUGACGCUGGAUUUGAUUGAGAAGGAUUACAGGUUUGAGUUACUGCUCCUGUUCGACAACUCAGAAAGCACGUCCAAGCAGUCUCGCUACCAGAAGGACAUCCCCUUGCACAACUUCGCCGUAGACGCGGAGGACGUCAUCAGCUACAAGGAGGGCGAGGCGGUUGUCCUGAAGAUCACGGCCGCUAAUGGCGACGGGGACAAGUACCAGAUCCAAGAGGGACUGGACAUCCAGUACCUGAGCCCGGACAAGAAGGUCGGUUACUACAGCUGGAGACCCGAGGAGGUGAACGACAUCGUGUGCCGGGCGAAGGUGACCAAAAAGUACUUCAGCCACUUCGACAUGGAUCUGACCAUCAACACGGCGAGAGUCAGGCCUAUUGGGUACACGCGCGUGCAUUCCACGUUCAGAGAUUCGUCCAAGUUAGUGCAGGGAGUUAGGCUGGUCAGAGUGUUGAGUAUCCGGCCGUCAGAUCAGGCAAACGCAUACCCCAACAACUUCCUAGAUAUCGUUGCUAUCGGGGGUGAAUGUUCUUACUCUGAGAUGAAAUGCCCAGCACAGUGCGUUGUCUAUGGUAAUAGCAUAAACGCACAAAGCAUCAGAAUUGAUAGGCUUAACGAUGACGAUAAGAAAACGAGAAUUGCUUCGGAAGGGUUAACCCACCAGACGGUGCUGGGAUACGCUUCAGCCACCGCGUACAUCGACAUUCCAACCGACAACCGCAAACCGCAGUCGGACAGAUUCGUCUGUUCCGUCAAUCCUAAAGGCCAGAAAAAAGUAGAGGACGAAGGUGUCCUCAAAUAUCGCGUGAAAACUUCAAUUGUGAAAGACAAGUCGUUUUAUGAGAUAAACGAGUCGCAAGUGAAGAUCACGUGCUCAGCCAUGGGUGACCCCAGACCGCAAACUAUGGCGUCUCUGAGCAUGAAGCCAGAGGGCAGCAUGACCUCUAUCGAGCUGAACUAUCAAGACUACAACUCCCUGCAGGUCGGCCCCACAGAAGUGGCUAGUGUGUUCACUUACAGGCAUUCUUUCGGACGGAUUGACCUAGAUCGGGUACGCGCUACUUGCUACGCUCGGGGUGACAUGGAUGACCCCACAGACAAGGACGAAUAUGUACUCACACAGAACUACUAUCUAACCAAAGACAGGGAUUAAUGAGUGCAAAAGUAGAGACAGCAUAUUAUGGCAUUAAGAAAUCAAAGAUUUAAGGAGCAUCAAACGUAUAAAAAUGAUAAUAACAAAUUGAGAAAAAUAAGACCAAGAAGCUAAAACAUCCCCUAGAUAUGGCUGGUUAUGGUUAACGACAGGUGCUAGUGAAGUAAAACCUAACCAAACAAUCAGAUGGAGAUACUGAUUAUGUACUUAAGCAAGAUUAAUGUUAUUGCAAAUUAGACAAUGAACGGUUACAUAAGUCUGAAACAAACAGCUAAAGCAAGUGUAAAAGAUCCUAGUUAAUCACACUGCUUUCUCGAUUGCAGUAACAUUCUCUUCCUUCCAGCCUUGAAACGAUUACCACUUAACCCACGAGGGGGAAUCAUUUUUAAUUUAGACCAUGGAAAGACACACCAAGAGCAAAGAUCUGCCAUUUUUCUUGCGUCAAGGAACCUGUUCAUAAACUCGUGGUGCAGUGUAGUAGCUUACAGAACCGGAUUACUGUCACAAACUGAAGUGAAGAAAACAUCACAAGCAGAUACUUUACCUAGAUAUGCAAGCGACGGGGCUGAGCUAAGAACUAAUAAGAUUUGCUAGGUCUUUGCUAGGAUUGGUGAAUAGAUACCUAAUUGUUUUGCUCUUCAGAGGUCAGAAAUGAUAGAUUAGGUCCAUUUUUGACAAUGUUCUUUCUUUUGAUUUCUUUACCCCCACCCCCACAAGAAAAAAGUCACCCAAAGUAUAGAAAAAAGUACCUUUACUUGAUGCCUUUUCAAAGUUUCGAAACACAAUUGCGUUCUUUCCUUUUAAAAAGAAAAGCAAUAGUCAUACUCGUUUUAUUGUUGUUCUAUUUUCGUGGGGGUUUUUGUGUAGUGAUUAGUCAAAUGCCAAAUUGGAUACUUGCUUUAACGUGUGAAAUAGAAACUCUUCUUUUUCUAUCGUGCCAUUAAGUGUAUGUUUUACAGUUUCAAGUUAUUGCCAAACCGUUAAUUACGUCAUUGCAGCACUGUCAGCUUGCUUAUGGUAUGUAGUAGGCUUAUGUAUUGUCGUGGUUAAAAGUUUCUUUGUUUUCUUUGUACUUAGUUCACGUUGCAAUCUUGUAUCUCUAUGUUGGCAAGUAGCACUGAUGUUCUGAUUUUCCAUAGCAUUUUUUAAUGUCCUUUUUAAUAGAAUUGGUCCUCCAUGAUAUCGACAUUGAUGCAGAUAACUGGCAAUAUUAAUGAUUCGGGAUCGACUUUGUAGGGAACUGUAUUCAGUCCAUUAUGCCCAACCUCGAGACAUGUACAAUGCAUUUUUGUGCUGGGCCUAUUCAAAUCAUCAUUCCCAACAAAAUUCCGUUUACUAAUGUGUCUUAGAGAACAAGGUUCUUGUCACCAUAGUUCUCUCCCUGCCACUGUAACCAUUUAUAUUAUAUUAUGUAUCAACUGUAUAAUCACUGCAUAUCGAACAUUUUUUAAAUUGUUUUUCCUACAAAAUUAUUUUUAAAUAUUAUGUACUUUUUAUAAUAUUUUUGAACCUCGAGAUGACCGGUGCUGCAUAGUAUUCCAUGUAGCCUACUACCCGCCUCAUUGAAAAUUAAGAAAACUUUUGUCGUUUGUCCGUUUCUGUGUAUUUUUUUGGCUUUUGACUGCAAAAAGGAAGCUCGUGCCUUUAUUACUUUUUUGUCUUCCAAAAUGCAAACUUUAGAUUGGUACCUCCUUAAAGAUAGCUUCAUUUAAACUGUUUGACCUCUUUUUACUGGAGAAAACUUUAACCGAGUCAGAGACGCAUUUGGUGCUGGACUGCCGCUGACUUUAUAAUACAGGUAGAAUGGUUAAUAUUCGUUACGCGAGGCUUGUAUAGCAAUAUUUGGAAAAUAAAAUGUAGACUAUUGGAACUAGA